AUGCACGCCCCCGCCGCCGGCUCGUCAGCCACCGCCACCACCGCCACGUCGGCGUCCAAAGACGACUGGGCGUUGCGCGCCAACUUGCGCCUGUGUGGCAGCGUCCCGCCCCCGACGUACGCGGACCUCCGCACGGCCGCACACCUGCAGACGUUCGACGUGCGCGACGGCAGCGCCGCUCUCUGGAGCGACAGCGGCCGACUGUUCCUCGUCGACGUGUUCCACCAGAGCCACGCGACGUCGACGCCGCCGCCGCUGCUGCGACAUGUGCUGCUCGAUCCGCCACUGCUGCCACACGAAGCGGCCGCAGUGGAGCAGAUUAAGCUGAACGCCAGUGGCUCACAAGUGCUGCUGGUGGCCAAGAAAUGGCUUAAAGUGCUGCGGCUGCCCGUAGAGACCGAGCGCCAGCCGUUGCGGCUGCAGCGCCGACCCGAAGACGACCGGAGGCUCUGGUUUCUGGUCAAGUACGAAGACGGCAGCGAGGAGAGCGUUGCGCUGGACGACGCCGCGCAAACGGAUCUGGACGACGUGCAGGAACAGGUCACGCGACGCGCAAAUGCCGACAAGCGCGUGGCGUUUGUGUCACAAGAACAGGGCGUCGGAGGGGUCCGCGCGAUCGGGUACUUUGCCAACGUGUGCUACGCCGCGUGGCAUCCGCUGAGCGACACGCACGUUGUCGUGCUCUCUGACGCAGAAGAGAUUGAGCUGUUUAAUACGCAGCAGGACGUGUCGAAGCCGGAGCAACGCCACUGUUUGGAUUUCCCGGCCAAAGCACGGGCGACAGGAGCGGGCUCGGUGAGCGUCAGCUUUGGCGCUUCGACUUGCCUGCUACAGCACCAGACCGUGCAGACGCAGGCCGUGCAGAUCUGGGAGGCGUUCACGUGCUACGUGCUGCGGUCGGACGGUGCAGUGUAUGCACUGUGCCCGUUGGUGCCGUACGAUUGCGUCGUGAGCAAACCGUUUUACCAGCUCUUGACGAGCGAAGUCGACGCGCAGAUAUCGAUAUGCAAAGACGCAAUCAAGGCCAACGGCAGUGGACUGCAGACUCGAUUGCUGCUGUUAAAGUCACAGAAGUACUGGCUACAAGAAGGCUGGGCACAAGCCUACACGCGGCGCAAGAGCCCCCCGCCCGGUGGACGGGCACGAGCUUUUCCUGCCGACAACGACACUGUUGAUCCCGAUGCAUUCUGCUACGUGAGCCCUCACGUGAGCGGUAUAUCGCCAAACACGUGGCCGCUGGCGUUGCAGGGACCCAUGGACGUGAGCCCUCAGUCCAUCGUCGAAGGCAAAAACCAAGUGGCCGGAGGAUCGUCUGCGACGUCACUGCUUGUGGUGCCACACGCUCCACGUCGCACUGCCGAGACCCUGUCGAUGAGCGCAUCGCCGUUCCUGAUGCGUACGUUUACGUCGGGGCACGUAGAGCUCAUUCUGCUGGACGCGCCCAUUCGACCGCAGUGGAAAAGUCAGCGCCAGCCAGCAGCGACCACGGCCGCGCGCAACCCAACAGCGCUGCUACUCGAGUGCCUCAACCUUGGCGUUGAUGAUUCCGGCGGCAAGGCUGUGCUGGAGCGGGACGCAGCUGAUCCGCGACUGGUCUACUGUCUGCAUUCGACAGGCGUGCACGUGAUCAACGUCAGUUGGGUGUUCGCACUUGCCUCGGGCAAGCAGUUCACGACAUUGCCGAAAAGCUCCGUCCGCCACGUCUUCAGCGUGUCGCCUAACAGCAUGAGUUCUUCUCCGGCUGCCCCUGGCGCUGUGGUUUCGAACGUUGUUGGUGCUCGUGUUGUGAAGAACGUGGACUUUGGGCACUUGCUGCUGCUACGCCUCGCGUCCGGUAGUUUCGAAGUCGUGAACGUCAGCGCUGCGUCGAGUGAGUUGCUCAAAGGAAUGCUUGCGGACAGCAAUGGCGCCAACAGAGACGGACAGAGUUCACAAAAGACGCUGCCCGGCACGUUGGCCUCCAUCGCGAAUUCCAAGUCGCGGGCUCUGGUGACGAGCAGCUCGAGCGAUGGUACGAUCCAGCCAUUCGAAGACAUCGUCGCGGCAAAGUUGGAGGCGCUCAGUGCGCGUGGAACUCGAGUGACCGGCAACACGUUGAUGCACGAGAUCGACGAGGAUGUGCUUGUAUUUGUGCUAGAGCGAGUGAAGAUCUUGUACGAGGACGUCGAGUACGUCGACGAGAUGGACCAGCUCAUCCGGGACCGACUCCAGUUGCAUGCUACGAUGGCGAAGACGCAGACCGAGAAACUGGUGCAUGUGCAGGCAACCGUGGACGACGCGCGUACGUCCAUGAAGGAGCUUCAAGAGAAGGUGGAGCGUGCGCUGGCCGUGCAGCAGAACCUCAGCAAGCGCGCGGCCGCUGUACUCCAAGCAGUGAAGGAGAACCAGCCACAUUUGUCGCGUGCUGAGCGCGAGUUCAAGGACAACCUUGAUCUCAUGGCCGUGGAAGUGCGUCGGAUGAAGUCUCGAGUUGCAGAGUUGAUCGUCCAGGGUCAGCGCGCAGUGCGGUCGCUGGGAAACUCGGGACCCCCGGCACCUUCUUCGAGUCGACAGUGGAGUCCCCUCCGUAGCACGGACAGCAGCCGUCCUCCAACGCUCUCGGCCGAGAAGAAACAAAUCUGCUUUGACGUGCUGCGCGCGGAGACACAGCUCAUUGACGACGCAAAGGUGAUGCUGGAAGAUCUGAGCGCGAAUCUACAGCAAACAAAGGCGUAA